CAAAAACAUUAUGAUGCUGCUAAAACCUUAGUGAAAAGCGUAUUAACAGCUGUCAAGGCUAAAUCAGCUGCGAUACAUUAUGAACAGCAAAUCACUUUUGCAUAUUCUGUUGGAGCUCAAGUCGGGCAAUGUGGACAUUCCAGGAAAGUAGUCCCUGAUCUUGUCAAGUGUUUGCUGCAAGUCAUAAACGAGAAAACGAAAGAAGAAUUGCUGAAAUGCCUCCCAAGCACUGGAUUUCCUCCAUAUUUUUACAUGAUGGCAGUCGAUAAAGCUGCUGUAAACAAAAGAACCAAUGAAGCAGUUGUUAUUUGUCCAACGAUCGAUGGCAAGAAAGUUCCAAUAGUUGUGGCUGCACCAGAAGUGUAUAAACCAACCACAGAUGGUGGUGUACAAGGAGGAAAGGCUGACGAAUCAGCGUCGCGAGCACUAAAGCAAAUUGAAACAAAAUUUGGGAGCACAACAUUGGAUUAUUUAGUUGGUAAGUAUGUAAUAUUUUGCGGUAUAGCAUGUUCUAUUUAUAAAAGAAACAAGAGAGGCAAUAUUUUGUUGAAUUUUGAGGUAGUAAGCGGAGUUUUUCCCUUACUGUGUUAUUGGAAUGAACCUAUAUAAAUAUGUAACUAUUUUUAAAUUUUGUUUUCAGGUAUAUCAGCAGAUGGUGUCCACCAGGCGAAUGGUUUCCAAUCAACUAUCAACGACAACAGUGAAAAUUUGUUUCUAAAGCAGGUCGGUUGGGAUGCCUCACAUUGGAUGAAUCUUGCUGUAACUGAUGUGAGGGAUGGUAAGAUUGGUUCAUCCAAAGAAUUCUUUUCAAAGUUUAUUGAACGGACAAACAGAUUUUCAGAAGUUCUGAAUAGAGGAAAAGGUAGGUUCACCAAAUGUUAUUAUAGCUGUAUAGGUUUUUGUUUUCAUUACAUGUUGAAGAAGCUGCGAGCUGUCCCAUUGAUUUGCUUGAAAAUUGCUUUAGUUCAUUUGGUUACCUAUUGACGAAGUUGCAUGGCAUUUCUGUUUUAUAUUGAAGGAAGGAGCACACUGGAAGCUGCAGCGAAGGAGCUUAAAGUUGCACCAACUGUUGCAACUACCUACUCGCAGACAAGAUUUGCAAGUUCUGCUUUUGUUCAAUGGGAAAGACUUGUUAAAUCGUACAGAUUAUUUGCCACCGCCUUGAGAAAUGCAGCACCUGCAAUGACUGACGAGUUGCAUCCAUUGCAGUACCAAGUUCUGGGGCAGGUUAGAAUAUGAUAACAUAUUAUGCACAAUCUCGCAACUGUUGCAAUAUUAAUAUUAUAUUUGUAGGAUUUUGUUGUUGAUCUAUUACUGAUGCAUGAUGUUUUUCAACCGGUUGCGAAAGUGAUGACAUUGCUGCAAAGUAUUUCUCUUCCACCUUGGAAAACGUACCCAUAUGCUCAGAAAUUGGCGAAAUGGUUGCUUGAUGCCUCCAUGGAAUGUCAUGAAUUUGGAACGAAAAUAUUGAGGUGUUAUACGUUAUUCCUAAAUCCUAACCUAUUUCGCGAACGCAUUUUAUUUUAG